UGCUCCGGAGAGAGAACACACCAUGUUCAAUAUAGCCCGCCCCGACACGCUUUUUUCCCUUUCUCUCUCUUUCCUUCAGCACAAGCCGAGACGGCAUCCGGGCCGGCUCUUCCCCCACCAGAGGGCGUCGCGGGCACCUGCUCAGGCCUCCUUCCUUCCUUUUCCGGCCGGCCGAGCGCCUCGGUUUUCCGGGGCUGGCUGAGGCGAUGGCGGCCGGAGGCGCCGAUGCUGUGGAUGUGGAGGAGGAUGCUUCUCAGCUCUUAUUUCCCAAGGAAUUUGAGACUGCCGAAACCCUUCUAAAUUCAGAAGUGCACAUGCUUCUUGAACAUCGGAAACAGCAGAAUGAGAGUGCAGAAGAUGAGCAGGAGCUCUCAGAAGUAUUCAUGAAAACCUUGAAUUAUACUGCUCGCUUCAGUCGCUUCAAAAACCGGGAGACUAUUGCUAGUGUCCGCAGUUUGUUACUCCAGAAGAAGCUCCAUAAAUUUGAAUUGGCGUGUUUAGCUAAUUUAUGUCCUGAGACAGCUGAGGAGGCCAAAGCUUUAAUUCCCAGCUUAGAGGGUCGGUUUGAAGAUGAAGAGUUGCAGCAGAUUCUUGAUGACAUUCAGACCAAGCGAAGUUUUCAGUAUUAGAAGGAGCAACCAGACCCUCCAAACUCUGAACAUGGAAAAAGAGAAUUCUAAGAAUGUUCAUUUGUUUCUAUACAACUCUGGACCAGUCCUGCCUAUCUCUCAGUAGAAAAGAGAAGCUGAUGUGGGGUGAUGACAUGCUUUUAAAAAGGGUUUCUUAGCUCUUUGGACUUGUUGAGAGUUGGCAAGACUAAUGUGGCAUGAGCCACAGAACUCUGAAAAGUUUGCCUUGAUUAGUUUAAUAUUUGUUUCCAAACUUUGUCUUCCUCCUGGGAAUACACAAAAUGUUUAUGGGGCCAGACAGAAUGAACAUACGUUGCCCAAGAUAGGAGAAACUUUUCCUAUUAUAUUUUGAGAAUUGUAAUAGUAGAAUCAGGAUAGAUAAAUUUGUGUGUUUUUUUAAUCAAAAGCCUGAGUUUUUCUCCUCAACAAUAAUUUUGUACAAUUGUUUGUGAAUUAAAGUAUAGUAUUUCUAAUGAGGGGUCUGUGAUUUGUGAAUGUUCUCAUUCACUCAUUGUUUAUACAAAAGUCCAGUUGUCUUGAGGAAAUACUCUGCAAGGGGUGGAUGAACACAAGGAGCUGAAGGAAUUUGUUGGAUUAUUAAAUUCCAUAUAAUAUUUAUGCUGUAUGUUGGUAAAUUGAUGUAAAGUUAUUUAUUGUAUACAUACGUUGAUAUAAACAAUAAUUGCAAUAA